AAUUUAUACCCUCCCAACAUUGUGAAGGCUUGUGGUGGAAAGACCAAAAAAAUGGAGAACAAUCCGGUGCCGAGAGUCGGGGUGGUGGUUUAUAUCCUGAAGGGAAAGUCAGUGCUGUUGGGUCGAAGGCUGUCCUCCAGCGGUGACUCCAGUCACGCCACAUUCGCACUCCCCGGCGGCCAUCUCGAAUUUGGGGAGUCGUUUGAGGAAUGUGGUGUGAGAGAGGUGAAGGAAGAGACGGGGUUAGACAUUGAGAAAACAGAGUUCUUGACUGUAACAAACAACCCUUUUGUGAAUGAUCCGAAGCCUUCCCAUUAUGUGGUCAUUUUUAUGCGCGCAGUUUUAUCAGAUCCCCUGCAACAGCCUCAGAAUCUGGAGCCGAGUAAGUGCGGUGGGUGGGACUGGUACGAUUGGGAUGAUCUUCCAAGCCCUCUGUUUUGGCCUUUAGAGAAGAUGGUCAAAAGCGGGUUUAAUCCGUUUCCUGUCUGAUUGGAGUUGGAGUUUGUAAUGGUAAUCAACAUUAGCAUGCCCUCUCUUGUGUUUAGUUUGUAAUGCUUUACUUAAUGUGAAUCUGGUAUCAAGCAUACAUAAAUUGUUUUUCAUUCA